AUGAACAAGAUUACACUUAAAGUAGCUCUAUAUCCAUUUAUACCUGACGCAGGUGAUGACAACAAUACAGGUCUACUUCAAUUCAUUACAGAUGAGUUUAAUAAAGUGUAUCCUGAUAUUGCCCUUCAACUGCGCCCACUUAGUAUUAAUGAUAAUUUCUACGAUCUAGAUUUACUUUCUAAAUGGCUCAUGGCUGAUGGAACUGGAUAUGAUAUUGUCGAAAUCGAUGCUGUACUUCUAGGUGAUCUUGUUAAUAUUGGUCUCGUAGCCCCACAAUUUAUUAAUUCAACUAACCAGGCUGAUUGGCAUACCAUUGCUAACAUGGCAGUACAUAUCAAUAAUGCUGUAUAUGGUUUUCCACAUCUUAUGUGCGCAUAUUUUCUGUUUACUCGUGACGUACGAAUAGCUACCGUGAGUACAAUCGAUCAGCUCAUGACGAUUCUGGGAGAUUCGCCCACAGAUGAUUAUCGCCUAGCAGGAAACAUGGAUUCGAGUUGGGGACUACCGGCUUUAUGGAUUAACAGCUAUCAAGGUAGUAGUAACUCUUCAGCUGAAACAGUUGCAUACGCUCUACAUGGAUACACGAAGAGCUCUUUCGAAAAUAUACUCAAGUUAGCUGGACUAUGCAAUCGUUCGCGAGGAGAGAAUCAUUGUCUCGAUGGGACCUUUAGAAAAUAUCAAAAUAUGCCAGCUAUAUUGUUCGCACAAAAUAAGACUACAGCGAUGUUUGCCUAUUCGGAACAACUCUUUUACAUUCUAAAAGAUGGCAACUUAUACGAUUACAACAAUAUCAAACUUAUACCUCUACCGAUAGGCACUGCUCAUAAUCAGCCUCUGUUUUUUACAGAUGCAUUUGUUUUUCGAAGAAACAUGUCUGCCGACGUGUUGAAUGCUUCUCGUUUAUUUGCUGAAUUCAUGGGCACACCUCGAAUGCAAGCAGUCGUAGUUGGUAGUGGUGACAAACCAGGUAGCAUUCCUCGUUACUUGCUUCCUAUGUCCAAGAGUGCCUAUGACGAUCCACUCUUAGCCAAUAAUAGAUUUUAUCAGACAUAUUUUCGAAAUUUAACUGGUUUCUCAUUUCCUACAGUUGGCUUACUGAAUACACGUAAACAACUUCAAACUGCCAUUUUAGACUACAUAGGCUACACCAAAACCAAUAGUAACACGAGCAGCAGCAUCAGCAGUAGCACUACAUCGGUGUAUGAAGGAUUCUGGAAAAGUCUUCUCGCAGAUAUAUGGACAUUACUAUCAGUGCUCUUAUAG